GAGCGCCGAGGAGCACACUUCAGAACAAGCACGAGCGCCACGUGCCUAUUAUAGAGACGACUCGUUCCGUGACCGAGAAAUGUUCCGCGAGCGAGAUCGAGAGAGGGAGGAGCCAUACGGGCGCAAUCGCAGACCUCCCCCCGCCGAACCUUACCACGAUCGGAGAGGAAACGGCAGAGAGGAACCAUACAGGCGAGAGCCGUACCCGGAGAGGGAGCGAGAGAGGGAGCGGGAGCGGGAACCCUACCAUGAGCCAUACCCGAGGGAGCGACCUACUCCUCCGCCGCCGCCGCCGCCGCCGCCACCGUCGAAUCCCAUCGAGUGUGAAAUCGUUGUCAUGUCUAGAACUAUCAGAGAGUAUGGAGAGUAUAUCGACAAGAGACUGAGGGAACUUGGACUCUCGACGGGCAUUCUCUUUCUUGCCGAGGAGGCAUCUCUCCAACAGGCUUUGGACGAUAUCACUAGGAGACACUGCCUGUAUGCCGUCGUCACGAAUGUUCAGAAUGAGGCGCAUCGUUCCAUGACGCUAAACAUACUGCAUGGAACGCCACAAGAGCACCGCAACAUGCCGCUGGAGGACGCGUUAUCCCUCGUCGCACGUAACUUUGCCGAGUUCGGGAAAGAGCGGCGGGAGCGGCAGCAGCCGGCGGCGGCGGUGGCCGCGCGGCCCGCCGUGCCGCCCGUCGUGCCGCCCGUCGACAAUAGUAUUAACCACCUGCUGGGAAUGCUCAGCGACAGUAAAUACCUGUCGGUGGAGCAGCUUGGCCGGGUAAUUGCGUAUCUCGAAGACCGUCGUCUGCGGCAGGCGGAAAUCGAGGGUCACCCUCUCGCUGCCAGCAACCACGCAGGCUCAGCAAGGAGUUUACCAGGAGCAGCAUCAGCAGCAGCAGCUCCAGCGGCAGUAGUCGAGAACCCAAACGAUCUGUUGAAACAACAGCAGGAACUGCAGGCGAAAAUACUAUCCGUGUUGAACAAGCCCGCAGCGAAUCCGCCGAUGUCGGGGGGCAACAAGGCUGCGCAGCCGCCGGCGCCAUCUUAUGGGAACUACGGAGGAGCACAGCCGCAGACGCCGACGUCGGUGGCCGGGAUCAAUCUGGACAACCCGAACAUACAGAAGGCGAUCGACAAUCUGAUCAACAGCGGGCCGAGGCUGCUGCAGAACCUGACGUCGGUGUCGUCACAGUCAGCAAGCACGCUGUCCGAGCAAGACGCGCCGACUUCGACGCAGCAGCCGGCUGUGCCGAACCCGGCGCCCUCUAUCCACUCCGCGGUGGCUCCGCAGCAGCAGCAGCAGUGGCGCCCCUUGGUGCAGUGGCCGAAACAGCAGGCGCAGGUGGCCAGCCGACCCCCGCACGUACUGCAGCAGCAGCAGCAGCAGCACCACCAGCAGCAGCAGCAUCAGCAGCAGCAGCAUCAGCAGCAGCGCCACCACCAGCAGCAGCAGCAGAUACAACAGCAGCAGAUGCAGCAGCAACAGAUGCAGCAGCAGCAGCAGCACAACGAUGAGUUACAGCAGGGUGGCUUGGGUUUGCUAGGCGAUGCACCCAAUGCUUACAUGUACUAGCGUAAAGCUGGCAUCACGGCAUCGGGAACGCCGGCUCUUUCACGCGGGCGAGUCAACCUUUCACCGUUGACUCCUACCUUUACUAACCCAUCUUUUUUGGCGGGUUGCCCAUUGUGGAUACAAAAUAAAAAAAACCAUGUACUCAAUAAAGUUGUCGCGUUCAGUUAUCUAUUUUGUAUUAGUCGUACUGUUCAUGUUGAAUGCUUAUUGUAAGGCUUUACCGUGUAUUAAAUGAUGGCUGCUAGACGUGGCACGCAUCAAUCAUUCCAUGAGAGUAGGAUGUUGCACUAUCGCGGUAUAUACAGCAGUCCAAUUUUCGUCACUGUGAGGAAGAAGACAGAUAGAAACGUUCUGUCACGACAUGGAAAUGAUGUUGAAGAUGAAGUAGUAAUAACAGUAGUUAGUUUCCAGUUCAACAGCUAGUGGAAGGGCACAACACGGCUGGCUUAUAUUUUAUUACGUCUAGUUGUAGGGCGAUACACUAUUUGAUGGCAGCAAGUGAGCUGUGGACUAAAUUUGCUUACAUGUGCAAAUUACUAAUGAAUUGUACUGUAAGGGAUUCGAGUUUAAUUUGCACUGUGUCGCGCUCAUUUUUUUUAGCCUUGGGCUAUUUACAGUUGGACAGUUGGCAGGUGGCAGGAUGUUGUAUUGUCAUGUAUGUCAAUUUUGUUCCAUCUCAAUACUUUACUGAAUGCUAAUAAAAGUCAGUCUUUGUGACUGUUAACUGUCA